AUGGCUUUCCAAGAUUUCGACCUCAUCUCCCAACGCCGCCAGCAGGAGCGCCGGAACAAAAUCCGCCGCCGCAUAAUGAUCGGCGUAGUCUCCACCGUGGCCGUCCUCCUCAUUUCCGCCGCCGCAGUCUGCGCCGUCGUUUACCAGCACAACCAAUCCGAGUCGAGCCCGGCCCACGACCACUCCAAGCAUAGCCCAACCCCGCCCAAGCCCGAUCCCAACGUGGCCCUCAAGGCCGUCAAGACCGUCUGCUCCUCCACCGACUACAAGAAAACGUGCGAGGACAGCCUGUCCAAGGCAGUCGAGCACAACGCCAAGGCCCAGCCUGUCGACAUCCUCCGGGCUGCCUUCUCGGCCGCCUCAGACGAGAUCGACCGGGCCGUGAACCAGGCCAAGGGCCUCAAGUUCGAAGACCCAUUUAAAAAGGCCGCCUUCGAGGACUGCCUCGUCCUCCUUGAGGACGCUAAGGAGGAUCUGAACCGUUCGAUGGUUAGCGUGAAGGGGAAGGAUUUGAGCCACGUGUCGACGUUGAAGCCCGAGAUCAACAACUGGCUGAGCGCAGUUUUGUCGUACCAGCAGACGUGCGUGGACGGGUUUCCAAACGGGCCCGAGAAGGAUUCGAUGCAGAAGCUGAUGAAGACGGUUAGAGAGCUCGGGAGUAACGCGUUGGCGAUCGUGUCGGAGGUUAAUUCGUUAUUCUCGGCAAUGCACGCGCCGACUCAUAGGAAGCUUAUGGAGGUCGAUCAGGUCGGGUACGCCGAGUGGAUGGGUGACGAGCACCAUAGGAUGUUGAAGGCCGACGGGACGAAGUUUACUCCGAAUGUGACCGUGGCCAAGGACGGGAGCGGGAAUUUCUCGACGAUUAAUGCUGCUCUUGGCGCGAUUCCUGAGAAAUACGACGGAAGGUACGUGAUUUACAUCAAGGAAGGCGUGUAUGACGAGACCGUGAUCGUCACCAAGAAGAUGGUUAACGUUACGAUGUAUGGCGACGGGUCGCAGAAGAGCAUCGUCACCGGGAGCAAAAAUUUUGUAGAUGGAACACCGACUUAUCAGACGGCCACAUUCGCCGUGCUGGGAGACGGCUUCUUCGCGCAGUCCCUCGGUUUCCGCAACACGGCUGGCCCAGAGAAGCACCAGGCGGUUGCCCUCCGAGUCCAGGCCGACCGCUCGAUCUUCCUGAACUGCCGCAUGGAGGGCUACCAGGACACGCUCUACGCCCAGACCCACCGACAGUUCUACCGGAGCUGCUACAUAACCGGAACAGUCGACUUCAUCUUCGGAGACGCGGCCGCCGUCUUCCAAAACUGCAUGAUCUACGUCCGCCGCCCGCUCGACGGCCAGCCGACGGUGGUGACCGCUCAGGGCCGGAUCGACCGGCACGAGACCACCGGAACUGUCCUCCAGAACUGCCGGAUCCUGGCAGACGACCGGCUCGAGGCGGAGAAGGCCCAGUUCCGGAGCUACCUGGGCCGGCCGUGGAAGGAGUACUCGAGGACGGUCGUGAUGGAGUCAGAGAUCGGGGAUUUUAUCCACCGGGACGGGUGGAUGGAGUGGGACGGGAAGUUCGCGCUCGACACGCUUUACUACGCGGAGUUUGAGAACAAGGGGAAAGGGUCCGACACGGCCGGGAGAGUGAAGUGGGCCGGGUAUAAAAUGAUUAAGAAGGAGGAGGCUUCGAAGUACACGGUUGGCCCGUUUUUGCAAGGGGAGGCGUGGCUCAAGAGCACGAACAUCCCGGUUCGUUUCGGGAUGUUCGCGUGA